AAUUGUAAUUAGUACUGCUCAUUAGAGAGAGAGAGAGAGAGAGAGAGAGAGAGAGAGAGAGAGAGAGAGAGAGAGAGAGAGAGAGAGAGAGAGAGAGAGAGAGAGAGAGAGAGAGAGAGAGUUUGGUGAUGGGAAUGAGAGGAAGCAAGUUGGGAAAGUUGAUAGAAGGUAAAGGAUCACUAAAACGACUUCGACUGAGAGGGUCUCCAGUUCCAUUGACACCAAGAGGUUAUGUGCCAAUUUGUGUUGGAUUAGAAGAUGAGUUAACUAAGCGAUUUAUGGUCCGAACGGCCUUAUUUGGCGAUGCCCAUUUCUCAGAGUUGCUCUAUAGAUCGGCUGAAGAAUAUGGCUUUUCUAAUGAUGGGGUUUUGAGGAUCCCUUGUGGAGCCAAGGAUUUUGAGGAUUGGAUUACCAAACACUCCUCUAAGCCCAACGUCUUCAGGGUUAAACCCCUUUGAUUAUUACUCAUUAUUUUGUAUUAAUAAUUAAUUAUUUGUUCGUACAGAAUAUAUAUUACAUUAGUUUCUGGGAAUUGUGGAUUAGUGCUGGUAGUGGUAGGUAAUGAUGUUACUGGUAUAUAUGAAAUAACAUAAUAUUAAGUACUUUGUAUGUUCUUUUUAUAUAUUCCGAUAAAAAAAAAUAGAAAAAAAAAAGUAUUGAUGAAA